AUGGGAAGAUUCGUCCUUAGUUCUUCGAAGGGGCUUGCCGAAGUAACAAAGUCGGCGGAUCGGACUGUCCAAUUUAUACACGAAUCAGUACGAGAUUUUCUGCUUAAAGAACAUGGACUGGACGAAUUAUGGGCCGCACUCCGUUCUCCGAAUAGUAAUGAACGGCUAAAGCAGUGCUGUUAUAACUACAUGAAGAUUAUUACGUCUCGAGAGCCAAUGCAGACCGGGGUGGAGGAAUCUUCGACCAUAUCUGGUACCCCCUGGUCCGAAUAUUCACGUCUAUCCACCUUGCAGCGGUUUCCAUUUUUCGAAUACGCAGUGCGUAAUGUGCUUUAUCAUGCUGAUCUAGCAGAUAGUAGUAUAUUCCCACAGGAAGUCUUUAUCGACCAGUUUCCACUUCAAGAUUGGAUAAUCUUCUACAAUAAUGUUGAAGUAAAUCAAGUACGGCACUAUACAUUUAAAGUGAGCCUGCUGUACAUCUUUGCGGAGCGAAAUCUACCAAAUUUAAGCAAAAUUGAGCUAAAGCGCAGUCCUACAAUGGAGAUUGAAGGAGAGCACUACUGUUUCCCAAUACUUGCAGCCUUGGCCAACGGCAAUGAGAAUGUGGUCAGGGUAUUCCUAACGUUUGAUGCAGACCCACAAUCCGACAAGCAUAAGUAUAGCGGACUUUACGUCCGGCAUCAACAGGAAGUCAAUACGCUUCUCCAAGAAGGACGCUAUUUGGAGGUACCGAGGGGCCAAACAUUCUUCGCCUAUGCGGCAGAAAAAGGCAAAUGGAGCAUAGCAAGUCUUCUACUUGCGACUGGCAAGGUUGAAGUCGAUGCGCGAAAGCAAGGCGGUAGGACGCCACUGUCAUACGCUGCAGCCGAAGGGCAUGACGAAAUCAUAGAUAUGCUGUUGGAGAGAGGUGCUGGGUUAGAUUCUCAAGACGUCCUGGGAAGAACGCCAUUGUCGUAUGCUGCGGAGAGAGGACACACAACAGCGGUGGAGCUCCUAUUACGUAGGAACGCUAGACCGUGGUCAGCGCAUGACAGUAGGACGCCGCUUUCCCAUGCCGCAGCAAACGGACACGCGCCGGUGGUGGAGCUAUUACUAAAUUGCCCGGAAUAUAAGCAAGAAGGUAUCGGCCAAGUAACGCUAUACCAUGCAGUGAUGAACGGACAUAGAGCGGUAGUGGAAUUACUACUUGGUAAAGGCGUCAAAGUGAAUGCUGAAUUUAACUACGAAAGUCGUUCAAUGAUCUGGAAUGCUAUAAAGAGAGGAUACAAUGCAGUGGUGAAACUUUUACUCGAGAAUGGAGCUAACCCGGAGCUAAAAGUCGGUGAUCGGACGAUGCUAUUGUUUGCCACGGAGGUUGGGCAGGAGAUGGUCGUCAAAAUGUUGCUAGAGAAGGGUGCUAGAUUGGGAUCCAAAUCUGACGCUGUUGGCCAGACAGCACUAUCGGUUGCUGCAAUAAUGGGGCAUCAAACAAUCCUCACGUUACUACUUGAAGGGGGUGCUGAGCUGGAGUCUGAGGAUACCUGCGGCCGGACGCCGCUAUCAUACGCCGCAUUCAAGGGCCAGGAGGCAAUUGCGAAAAUUUUGCUUGAGAAGGGAGCUAACAUAAAUUCUAGGGAUAGCAGCGGCCGUACACCAUUGCACUAUGCUGCAGGAAGUAGAAAUGAGGCAGCAGCAUGCCUACUUCUCGAGGGAGGUGCUGAACUGGAGGCCCGGGACGACGUUGGUUGGACACCACUCUUACAUGCCGCCUAUGCGGGCCACAAAACAGUAGUGGAAUUUUUACUUAAAAAGGGAGCCGAUGUAGAGUCCAAAGAUGGUCUCGGCAAUACGGCAUUGCAUUGGGCUCACAAACGUUCGAACUGGGGAGUAGCGGGAUUACUGCUAAGAAAAGGGAUGGAACUUGAGGCUUUGGUCAUGGGGCAGUCUGGGAUAUAG